GAGCCCAGAUCCGCCCGGAAGGACGGGGUCAUUGCGGCUUUGCUGGCCCUCCCCUGGUCCCGGCGCGCCUCUGGGGCUCACACCCGGGUGCUGCGAGGGCCCCGGGAGGUACGGAGCUGGAAGGCUGAAGGCUAACCAUGGGAAAGAGUUGCAAGGUGGUCGUGUGUGGCCAGGCAUCUGUGGGCAAAACAUCAAUCCUGGAGCAGCUUUUAUACGGGAACCAUGUAGUGGGUUCUGAGAUGAUUGAGACACAGGAAGACAUCUAUGUGGGCUCCAUUGAAACCGACCGGGGCGUGCGGGAGCAGGUGCGUUUCUAUGACACCCGGGGGCUCCGAGAUGGGGCUGAACUGCCCCGGCACUGCUUCUCCUGCACUGAUGGCUACGUCCUGGUCUACAGCACAGACAGCCGAGAGUCCUUUCAGCGUGUGGAGCUGCUCAAGAAGGAAAUUGACAAAUCCAAGGACAAGAAGGAGGUCACCAUUGUGGUCCUUGGCAACAAGUGUGACCUGCAAGAGCAGCGGCGUGUGGACCUGGAUGUGGCUCAGCACUGGGCCAAGUCGGAGAAGGUGAAGCUGUGGGAGGUAUCUGUGGCUGACCGCCGCUCCCUCCUGGAGCCCUUCAUCUACCUGGCCAGCAAGAUGACCCAGCCUCAGAGCAAAUCCGCCUUCCCCCUCAGCCGCAAGAACAAGGGCAGUGGUUCUUUGGAUGGCUGAAGAGCGCCCAUCCCUACUUCACCUUCCCAACCCCAGCCCAGCCUCUGGGGCUUUGGAAAAUGGGUUGAGGGGAAAGGGGAACUCCCCACUAGGGCAGGCAGCUGGGCCGUUCCAGGCUCAGGCCACUUUUGCUCCCUCCUAACUCUGGGAAGUGCAAAUAAUCUAGGUUAGUGCCCCCAACCUCUUCCUCCACCCCAGCUUUCAUCAUAUCUGUUCCUCUGUGACCUGGAGCAGUUGUGGGUCAGCGUCCCUUCCACCUGCCCUGCAUGGGAAGCAGAGCUACCAUACAGAAGUGCCAAGUCUAGGGCUGGUUCUGAUCAUGGGUCCCGCACCUCUGUGCUUCAGCCACACACACAAACACUAUGGCACCAGCCUGGACUCAGAGAAAGGGCAUCCAGGUAUUGUGUAUGUGUGUGCAUACUGGUGUUAGGGGUGCCUCCUCAUUCAGCACCCUGACCUUUUUUCUGUUUGUACCUUGGCUGGAAGAAGCCAGCCUCUUGAGAAGUGUGAUCUUCUACUUGACCUCCUCCCCAAAUUGUUGCACUUCCACUUCCUGCUUACAGAGCAGAUGGCCCUCAUUGGUUGAGGUGGAAUGAUCGCUGGGCUGAGUCACCAACGGGCUCUGUGAGCCAGCAAGGCUUUUCUUCUCUCUGGGCUUCAGUUUUCUCAUCUGUGUGGUGACAGGAGUUGCUUAGAUGACCUUCUAGGUCCUCUCCCAGCCCUGUUAUUUUAUAAUGCCCAUGGCUUAGGGCCAACUGACUGUACCCUUUGCUUCUCCCUCUUCAAGGUGCUAUGCCUAUCUGCCCUGGAGGCUGGGACACUGCUCUUUGACAACCGCCAGGGGGCAGGAGUGCACUAUCCACUCUAAUUGCCAGAAUGGCUGCUUAGUGCCCAUUGGGGAACCUUACACCCAUGGGGGCUGGUCUUCACCCCUUCCUGUGGUGGUUUUCAGUUACUAGCUGGACUUUAUUUAUAAAUUACCUGUUAUAAAUUAGUAUGCUGCCAUGGUGAAGGCUGGACAAGGUGCUCUUCUAGCCCUUCUUACCUCAGGUGCCUCAACAGAACAAGGCAAACAAGUAGUAGCUUCUCGGGAGCUUACAGAUCUGUUGGGGCUCAGAAGGGGGUUACACUCUCAACAUGCUAUAAUGUGAGCUAUGACCCACAACUUCCUGUGCCCACUUCCUGCUUCUGAUGGGCACAGCUACCAUAGGUGAGCCCCUACAGCCCAGCCACCUCCAGUGCAUGCCCCUUCUCCCCAAAGCAGGAGCGGUGAGCAGGGGCAGGCGGUCCAGGGCUGGGCAAGUCAAGUUAGGUCAUAUAUAGGUUCGGCUUAAAGUUCAUUUAUUGAUGCAUUGGACACAAUAAAAUCACAAUUGUUAUCAAAAAGUUUCCUUCCCUUCCCCCCUUAUUCUCCCAUUGGAAAUAUCUUACAAAAAAAAAUACAGGUGGAUACUGGCAAAGUCCCAUAUUGUGAGGUGAGGGGAGCAGUGCUAGGGUAGGAUGGAGGUUGUGGCAUUGACUUUGACAGCGUGAAAUGGGUCUGUAGAAUUAUCAGACUGGAUCCCAACACUCAGCUUCACAGUGAGGGAGGCUUGGGCUGCUGGUUGGGAGGAGGGAAAGCUGAAUUUAGUGCUAGGGACCAGUUGAGGCUGAAGGGCUAGAGAGGAAAGCUCUUCAUUUGGGGCCCCUGGGGGGAUUCAGUGUUAGCUGGGUCCAUAGUCUGAGGGAUACCCAGUGCCCCCCACCCCAGAGCUGGGGUUCAGAAGAAAUCAGUAAAACACUAAGAGAAGGUUGAUCACUUCCUCUAUUAAAACUGGACCCAGCUAGAACAUCACUAUCACUACCCCUGUCCUAGCCCCAUUGGAGCAAAUGAAGACCCCCCCAAAAGCUUUUGACAUCAGCCCCUACCAUGGCUGUGCCCCACUUCAGCACGGCUCCCUUUCUCCUCC